GGGGCGUCUUCCCUAAAGUAGAAGAACUACAAGCUCACCGGUGACGGUAGAGAGAAGUUCCCGUAGUUUUUGCCAGCAGGCAGCCAAAAUGUUGGCCAUCCUGUCUGUGCUGUUUUUAUCCGUUUAUAACCCGGUCGACUGCGUGUUUCAGAGACUUUACUGCACUAUAUCGGACAGCUGCGAGUGUGACUUCAAGCCCAAUAUUAGAGACUUUGAAUGGGACCUCUACAAGAAUGUCUUUGGACAACAUCUUGCUCAGGACGUCCUGUCAGAGGAGGUGGCGAAGUUCCUACAGAAUAAAAGCCCCGACCGGCCCCUGGUAUUGUCGUUCCACGGCUCCUCUGGAACGGGAAAGACUCUGGUCAGCUCCAUGCUGGGAAAUCACCUGUAUGGCUCUGCUAUGAGCAGUCCAUAUGUGCACCAGUUUAUCCCAACACUGCACUUCCCUUCACCUCAGCGGGUAAAGCGAUACAAGACGCAGCUGAAGAACUGGGUGCAGGGAAACUUGACGGAGUGCGCUCGCUCUGUCUUCAUUUUUGAUGAGAUGGAGAAGAUGCCUGUGGGCCUCAUCGAUGUGCUAGAGCCCUUCUUGGGUCCUUCCCACGUUGUGUUUCGCACCAACUACCGCAAGGCCAUUUACAUCUUCAUCAGCACCACAGGAGAGGAGGUGAUAAAUAAAGUGACUCUGGAGAACCGACAGGCUGGACGAGAAAGAGAAGAGAUUAAGUUGGCCGACCUACAGGAAGCCAUCGCACUGGCAGUUUACAACAGCAACACAAGUGGGUUUUUCCAGUCCAGCAUCAUCCAGCAGAAGCUCAUCACUCAUUUCAUUCCCUUCCUGCCACUGAGCCGGUGCCAUGUUGAGCGCUGUGUUCACUCACAGCUCUGCCAGAGGGGCAGCUGCAACCGCAGUGACGUGGUGGAGGCAGUAGGGGGCGACAUGAUCUACACUCCUGCACAGGGACAGUACUUCUCCACAACUGGCUGCAAGGCAGUCAAUGCCAAAAUCAACUUCUUCCUGUGAGCUGACGGGAACAGUGGUUGAUCUGUUCUUUUUUUGUUUGUUAUUUUGGACUGAAAUGAAAACUGCUUCUGAGGUGAGUCAGUGAAGAAACUUCUGAAUCUAUAUGGAUUUUGCUGUGCUGAGGUCAGAGCAGCAUCUAUGAAGUGAUGGACACACCCUCAGUAUGACCUCUAAAGAUUCCUCAGUUCAGUCACACUCUACCUCUAAUUAAUUUGAGAACUUCAGGUCGCAACAGUGUGGUUUCAGAUUUCAAAGGCUACAUCCGAAGGUCAUCCAUUCAUUUUUGUAGUUCAGUAUUUACCCAGCCUGAAUUUAUUUUUCCAUCCUUAUACAUUCAUACUGCAGGAGGUACUGGGGCAGCUGGAGGAUCGUGCAUGAGUGUAGACCACAGACUGUAUGGUGUAGACGUUUCAUUUUUAGGUUUUGCAACAAACAAAAAAAAGAAAUGUCCAUAAAGAAAUCAUUGUUUGUAUCAUCUGGACGCUUUACUUUAGAGAAACAGAUCUGCAAACAGUUUCAUCAUGGAAGGAGAUUUUUGCUGAUAAAGUCUUAAAAAUCUUCUUUUUGGCAUUUCAUGUGGACAAUAAUACAUAUGUGGCCUCAAAGAAAGUUUCAGAGUCAGCACAUGGAAGUGUAUGUAAUCAGUGCGUUGAGCUGAGUAGUUGAGGUGUCAAAGCAGUUUUUAAAAAGACAAAGACGGCGCGGAAGAAGAAUUAUACUUGAAAACUUGUUUGGGAGCACGUCACCACUUCUGCCAGUAGGUGGCGGUAAAGACUUUAUUUUGCCAAGAGUGGAGGAGGUGAGGCAGAGUUCACUUGCAGCUCAACAUUUGAUCCACCCAUAGAAGUGGCUUCUGUCACGUAUUAUUUAGUUAUUUUAUUUUAUGUUGUAAAGGUAAUAACUAACAACAGUAAAAUUGCACUUUAUGGAGUUUUUAAAUGAUGUACAUGUUGAAAUACUGCCAAGUUGUAACUGUUACGACAAGUUAUUGAUUGGAAAGUAAUUUGUUAUGUUAAUGUGUGGUUAAAUUUAGUAGGAAUAAAGGUGAAUUGAGUUCUCAGAUGAAUUUACAGACAGUCUAUUAUUCCAAAUAAAACCAUUAGUUUUUAGGUCAUCUUCCCUUCUACCUGUCGAUAAACACUAUCAACAUACAGAAAAGACAGGUGGUAGACUUCCACCAGAAUCCAGUCUUAUGUCUGCGUUUAUAUUUCCGUGCUGAGUGCAUUUAGACUCUUCCACCAACCACCAACUUGUUUUGCGGGUUGUUUAUGUGUUCGUUUUUUAUGUGACUACAUGUGCCGUGUAAUUUUCAAUUUCAGCUGCUGUGCAAGUGCCUGGAUGUUGGUGAAUGAAAAUUGUAAGACCAAAUGCAACUUUGGGUACUCUAGUGUAAAGUAAAAAUAAAAUGAAGACAAACAAA